UCGUCCAUUUUAAGUUUCAGAGAGUGAAAAAAAAAAAAAAAAAAGAAAAAAAAAAGAAAGAAAGAAAGUGUGAGCGUGUGGAUGAUCUCCAUUGUCAUUGUCCCUACAAGAACAAAGUGUACCUCUGCGGCUGACCCAAACUCAAAUUAAAUCCCCAAAAGCUUUUCUUUUUCGUUUAUAGUAUGUAUGAUUGAUUAGAUAGAUAAGAAAAGGAAAUUCCAACUCUUUUUUUCUUUUCCUUUCAGCUACCCAAAGAGAAAGAGACAAAUUAACGUAAAAAAAAAAAAAAAAAAAGCUCGAAAGCAAAAAAAUUUGAAAAGAGCGAGAAAACAAAACUUUAGAGAGAGAGAGAGAGAGUGAAACAGAGAUUGAGUUUGGGAAAAAAGUAUAAAAAGCUAAGCACAAAGCUUAGUUGGAAGAGAGAGAGAGAGAGAGAGAGAGGGUUUGAUUGAGGGAGCUUUGAAGGGGAAAAGUUUGUUGGGGUGCUUUUUUUUUUUUAUUAUUUAAAUAUUAUAGAUUCUUUGGGAGGUUUAAAAGCUAUUGAAUCUGAUUAUCGUUUUUGAUCUGUUGGAGAUUCUGGAGCCAUUUUUUUUUUUUUUUUCCUUCUCUCUAGUCUCUCUCAUGUAUUGGAUGAGUUGAGGGUCAUCAAUGGCAGCACCAGUUAACAUAGUUGUAGGUUCUCAUGUGUGGGUUGAAGAUCCUCUUCUGGCAUGGAUCGAUGGAGAAGUUAUACGGGUCAAAGGUCAAGAGGUUCAUGUUAAUACUACAAAUGGAAAAACGGUUGUCAGGAAUACAUUGAAUGUCUUUCCAAAGGAUACUGAGGCUCCUCCUGGAGGUGUAGAUGACAUGACAAAGCUUUCAUAUUUGCAUGAACCUGGAGUUCUACAAAACUUGGCCGCUAGAUAUGAGCUUAAUGAAAUCUACACAUACACGGGGAAUAUAUUGAUAGCAGUUAAUCCAUUUCAACGAUUGCCCCAUCUCUAUGACACUCACAUGAUGGAGCAAUAUAAAGGAGCUGAUCUUGGGGAGCUAAGUCCUCAUGUUUUUGCAGUUGGAGAUGCUGCAUACAGGGCCAUGAUUAAUGAAGGGAAAAGCAAUUCAAUUCUGGUAAGUGGAGAAAGUGGUGCUGGUAAAACUGAGACAACGAAGAUGCUCAUGAGAUAUCUUGCCUACUUGGGUGGUCGCUCUGGAGUGGAAGGAAGAACAGUUGAACAACAAGUUCUGGAGUCCAACCCAGUUCUUGAAGCAUUUGGCAAUGCCAAAACAAUUAGGAAUAACAACUCAAGUCGUUUUGGGAAAUUUGUUGAAAUCCAAUUUGACAAGAAUGGAAUGAUAUCUGGGGCAGCUAUUAGAACUUAUUUGCUUGAAAGGUCUCGUGUUUGCCAAAUUUCUGAUCCAGAGAGAAACUACCAUUGUUUCUACCUUCUUUGUGCCGCACCAGCUGAGGAUAUUGAUAAAUAUAAGCUGGGAAGCCCUAAAUCGUUUCACUAUCUGAAUCAAUCAAAUUGUUAUGAGCUGGAUGGGGUAAAUGAUGCUCAUGAAUAUCUUGCAACCAGAAGGGCUAUGGACAUAGUUGGAAUCAGUGAGCAAGAACAGGAGUCAAUAUUCAGGGUUAUAGCUGCAAUUCUUCACCUUGGCAAUGUUAAUUUUGCCAAAGGAAAGGAAAUAGAUUCCUCAGUGAUUAAGGAUGAGAAAUCUAGAUUCCAUCUUAAUAUGACUGCAGAGCUUCUUAGGUGUGAUGCCCAGAGCUUGGAAGAUGCCCUAAUUAAGCGAGUAAUGGUGACACCAGAAGAAGUUAUCACUAAAACCCUCGAUCCUGAUAAUGCAAUUGCAAGCAGGGAUGCAUUAGCUAAGACAAUAUAUUCUCGCUUAUUUGAUUGGCUUGUAGAAAAUAUUAACGUUUCAAUUGGGCAGGAUCCACACUCAAAGUCAAUAAUUGGAGUUCUUGAUAUCUAUGGUUUUGAAAGUUUUAAGUGCAAUAGUUUUGAGCAGUUCUGCAUCAAUUUUACAAAUGAAAAAUUACAACAACACUUCAAUCAGCACGUGUUUAAAAUGGAGCAGGAAGAAUACACCAAAGAAGAGAUAAAUUGGAGCUAUAUUGAGUUUGUUGACAACCAAGAUGUCCUGGAUCUAAUUGAAAAGAAACCUGGAGGGAUUAUUGCACUAUUAGAUGAAGCCUGCAUGUUUCCCAAGUCUACUCAUGAAACCUUUGCACAGAAGUUGUACCAGACAUUUAAAAACCAAAAACGUUUUAUCAAACCAAAGCUUUCUCGGACUGAUUUUACAAUAUCUCACUAUGCAGGGGAGGUAACUUAUCAAGCCAAUCAAUUUCUGGACAAAAACAAAGAUUAUGUUGUGGCAGAACAUCAAGCUUUGCUGACUGCUUCAGAAUGCUCAUUUGUAGCUGGUCUCUUUCCCCCACUUCCAGAAGAAUCUUCAAAGUCAUCCAAAUUUUCUUCCAUUGGAUCACGAUUUAAGCUACAACUUCAGUCUUUGAUGGAGACCUUAAGUGCAACAGAACCUCACUACAUCAGAUGUGUAAAACCAAACAAUGUCCUCAAACCUGCAAUAUUCGAAAAUUCCAAUAUCAUUCAACAAUUAAGAUGUGGUGGUGUUCUUGAAGCUAUCAGGAUCAGCUGUGCUGGAUAUCCUACCAGACGCAUGUUUUAUGAUUUUCUAAAUCGUUUUGCUGUUCUGUCUCCAGAAGUUUUAGAAGGAAAUUAUGAUGAUAAGGUGGCUUGCCAGAUGAUUCUUGAUAAAAGGGGAUUGAAAGGAUACCAGAUAGGCAAGUCAAAAGUUUUUCUAAGAGCCGGUCAGAUGGCUGAGUUGGAUGCUAGAAGAACAGAACUGCUUGGAAAUGCUGCUAGAACUAUCCAACGACAAAUUCGUACAUUUAUUGCUCGUAAAGAGUUCAUCUCAUUGCGCAAAGCUGCUAUUAUGUUCCAAUCUCAUUGGCGAGGUAAAAUGGCCUGCAAACUGUAUCAGCAAAUGAAACGAGAAGCUUCAGCCCUGAAGAUCCAGAAGUAUUUCAAGCGAUACAGUGCCAUGAAAUCCUACUUAUCUCUGCGGUCAUCCGCAAUUAUGUUGCAGACUGGCUUAAGGGCAAUGGAUGCACGUAAUGAAUUCAGAUCCCGGAAGCAAACUAAAGCUGCCAUAUGCAUCCAGGCACAUUGGCGCUGUCACCGAGAUUAUUCAUACUAUAAGAGUCUUCAAAAGGCUAUAGUUGUUUCUCAGUGUGGCUGGAGAUGCAGACUAGCUAGAAGAGAGCUCAGGAAGCUCAAAAUGGCUGCAAAGGAAACAGGGGCUCUUAAAGAAGCAAAGGACAAAUUAGAAAAGCGAGUAGAGGAACUUACAUGGCGUUUGCAAUUGGAAAAGCGAUUAAGGACUGAUCUUGAGGACGCAAAAGCCCAAGAAAUUUUCAAGUUGGAGGAUGCAUUGCAGACGUUGCAAUUGCGAGUAGAACAAGCAAACCUCUUGGUCGCUAAAGAACGAGAGGCAGCACGGAAAGCUAUAGAAGAAGCACCUCCAGUCAUUAAGGAGACUCCUGUUAUAAUACAAGAUACAGAAAAGCUAGACUUCUUGACAGCUGAAGUUGAGAGGCUGAAGGCAUUGCUAAUGUCAGAAACACAAAAAGCUGAAGAUGCAAAGCAAGCUUAUGCUACUGAGCAGGCCAAGAAUGAGGAAUUGUCUAGAAAGCUUGAAGCUGCAGAGAAGAAUGUAUAUCGGCUUCAAGAUUCAGCACAGAGGUUUGAAGAGAAGCUAUCCAAUUUGGAAUCGGAGAAUCAAGUACUACGACAACAAGCACUUGCCAUAUCACCAACUGGAAAAACUUUAUCAGUGAGACCGAAGACAACCAUCAUUCAGAGGACUCCAGAGAAUGGGAUUGUUCACAAUGGUGUAAUGAGGAAAGCAUCGGAUUCAAUGAUAUCUGUAAGUAAUUCUCAUGCACCUGAAAUUGAAGAAACGCCCCAAAAAUCUCUUAAUGAGAAGCAACAGGAGAACCAGGACCUGCUUAUAAAGUGUAUUUCACAAGAUUUAGGUUUCUCUGGGGGUAGGCCAGUGGCUGCUUGUCUGAUAUAUAAAUGCCUUCUGCACUGGAGUUCGUUUGAGGCCGAAAGAACCAGUAUUUUUGACCGUGUCAUUCAAACUAUAGGCGCAGCACUAGAGGUCCAGGAUAAUGGUGAUGUAUUAUCUUACUGGUUGUCUAAUUCAUCCACAUUGCUUUUGCUCCUUCAACGCACACUGAAAGCAACUGGAGCAGCUAGCUUAACUCCACUGCGUCGAAGAAUGUCAUCUUCUCUUUUUGGGAGGAUGUCUCAAGGUCUUCGAGCAUCUCCCCAAAGUGCUGGCUUCUCUUUUCUCAGUGGUCGGAUACUUGGUGGACCAGAUGAAGUCCGACAAGUUGAAGCCAAAUAUCCUGCUUUGCUUUUUAAACAGCAACUUACAGCAUUCGUUGAGAAGAUGUAUGGAAUGAUAAGAGAUAAUUUGAAAAAAGAAAUCUCCCCAUUGCUUGGUUUAUGCAUCCAGGCACCUAGGACAUCCCGGGCUAGUAUGGUGAAGGGGCGUUCACAAGCUAAUGCUGUGGUUCAACAAGCUUUAAUUGCUCAUUGGCAAAGCAUAGUGAAAAGCCUAAAUAACUACUUGAAGACAAUGAGGGCCAAUUUUGUCCCUUCAUUUUUGGUCUGCAAAGUGUUCACUCAGAUAUUUUCAUUCAUCAAUGUUCAGCUAUUUAACAGCCUCCUCCUGCGGCGUGAAUGUUGUUCAUUCAGCAAUGGGGAGUAUGUCAAAGCAGGGUUGGCUGAGUUGGAACACUGGUGUCAUGGUGCAACUGAGGAGUUUGUAGGCUCUGCAUGGGAUGAACUGAAGCAUAUCAGACAAGCUGUUGGCUUCCUGGUCAUACAUCAGAAGCCCAAAAAAUCUUUAAAGGAGAUUACAAAUGAUCUUUGCCCAGUGCUCAGCAUACAGCAAUUAUACAGAAUCAGUACAAUGUACUGGGAUGACAAAUAUGGCACACGCAGUGUAUCUUCAGAGGUUAUUUCAAGUAUGAGAGUUAUGAUGACUGAGGACUCGAACAAUCCUGCAAGCAGUUCUUUCCUGUUGGAUGAUGACUCAAGCAUCCCAUUUUCUGUGGAUGACAUUUCCAAGUCGACAGACCGAAUGGAAGUCAUUGAUAUUGAUCCUCCACCUCUCAUUCGAGAAAACUCAGGCUUCACUUUUUUGUUACAGCGCUCGAAUGAUUGAUUGGUCUUGCAAACUCUCUUUUCCACUUCCUCACCUGUAAAUAUACAUCAUUUCCUCUUGUUCAAUGUGUAUAUUGUGUGCCAUAUCCUUCCCAGGCUAGUCUGUGCUGUGUAAGGGUUCAUUGUUAUUCAAAAUUUGUUUGCAUUUUAAGUUCUGAGUUAGGCAUCUCUACAAGCAGGGCUUUACCAAAGUUGUAAUAUUUGACGUUUUUUUAUUUUUUAUUUUUAUUUUUUUAAUUUUUUCUGUUUUUGGUUUUGGGGUCUGUUUCUUACCAUUUUGAUUGCAGAAUUGUGACAGUAGCCUUAUUUUUUUUUCGGCUAAUGUCUCUUGUACCUAAGUUGAUGUAUAAUAUACUAAUUUGUACGUAGGCUUUUCUUCUGUUUAUGGCUCUUUAUUUAAGACACGAGUACUUGGAAAAUUCUUAAUCAACAAAUAUUAUUCUU